AUGAAGUUCGUGCUGUGCGUCGUUUUGCUGGUGGCCUUCCUUGGCCACUUUGCCGCGGAGGCCUACAUCGCCCGGAGCAGUGCCUCCUCUGUCGGGCGCGAUCUGCCCAAGGAGCAGUGGUACACCCAGAGACUGGACCACUUCAACGGCCAGGAGACUCGCACCUGGAAGCAGCGUUAUUUCAUCAACGACACUUUCUGGAACCCUUCUGCCCCCGGCCCCAUCUUCUUCCAAAUGGGCGGUGAGGGCGCUGUGAGCGGCGAGGACGUCGUGCUGCUCCAGAUGGUGCAAUACGGAAUCAAGCACGGUGCGCUGAUGGUCACGCUGGAGCACCGCUUCUACGGCACGAGCCAGCCUCUGCCCGAUCUCUCCAUCGAGUCCCUCCGCUUCCUGUCCUCUGAGCAGGCUCUCGCCGACGCGGCCGAGUUCCUCCUCUGGCUCAAGGACCAGUACCAGGCGCCCAAGUCGCCCAUCAUCACCUUCGGGUGCUCCUACCCCGGAGCGCUGGCGGCGUGGUUCCGUCUGAAGUACCCGCACGUGACCUACGCCUCGGUGGCUUCGUCUGCGCCCGUGGAGGCCACCCUCGAUUUCUUCGAGUACCUCGACGUCGUGGACCAGUCCCUCGAGUACUUCGUGGGUGACAAGUGCGUCGCCAACAUCAAGCAGGCCACCACCGCCGUCAGCCAGCUCAUGGCCAGCCCCGGCGGAAGGGCCAAGCUGCAGAGCCUCUUCAACUUCUGCGGGCCGAUUCAGAACGAGCUCGACAUUGCCAACUUCUACUCCUCCCUGGCUGGCAACUGGAUGGGCACCGUGCAAUACAACGACGAGAACGGCAACCCUCUCGACGUCAUCUACUUGUGCAAGAUCAUGACCCAGCCCGGCGUGGACCCCCUCACCGCCUACGUCAACAUCUCCAACAUCUUCCUCCGCUCUCAGGACCAAUCGUGCUUGGACGUGUCCUACGCCGACGCGAUCGCCCAGCUGCGGGACACCAGCGCUGCCGCCGCUGGCGUGGGCAUCCGCCAGUGGGUCUACCAGACCUGCACCGAGUUCGGCUACUUCCAGACCUCCGAUUCCGAUGGUCAGCCCUUCGGCGACGGCAUGCCGCUCAAGUUCUCCCUCGACCAGUGCCGUGAUGCGUUUGGUCUGAUCGACCCGCCCCGAAUCAACGCCACGAACCACAUCUACGGUGGCAGGAACCUGCCCGCGUGGGGACCGUCCAACAUCCUCUUUGUCAACGGCAACAUCGACCCGUGGCAUGCGCUGUCGAUCACCAAGAGCAUCUCGCCGUCCCUCACCACCGUGUUCAUCAACGGCACCGCCCACUGCGCCAACGUGCUGCCCGCCCACGAGAACGACCCGCCCAGCCUCGUGCAGGCCCGGAAGGACAUCCAGGCCCAGAUCGACCAGUGGCUCGCCCAGGCCAAGCGCCAGUUUGCCUACUAA